CUUGGAGCUUUCUAGAGGUCUUGGAUGGUCACAGCUUCCUUGGAGCAUUGUACUUGCUGGAAUCCAGUUUCAGGAUUAAGGGAGGACUGCUCCCUGGUAAAGGGCUGCCAGGAAACCUGCUGUGCUUGUUCUUAACUUCGGGCUCUGUCUAUGAUCAAUCUGAGACUCUCUCCAAGAUUAUCUUCUUCCUGGAAAGCCCUCUCUCUCUGCAGGCUCACCUCUGGACAUUGUCUCCUUGGAGCCACAUCACUGGGACACCUGCGGAUGUGGAUGUGGAUUUGAACCAUGUCACGGCCCCAGGGACUGCUAUGGCUUCCUUUGUUAUUUACACCGGUCUGUGUCAUGUUAAACUCCAAUGUCCUCCUAUGGAUAACUGCUCUUGUCAUCAAGUUCACCCUCAUUGACAGCCAAGCACAGUAUCCAGUUGUGAACACAAAUUAUGGCAAAGUACGGGGCCUAAGAACACCAUUACCCAAUGAGAUCUUGGGUCCAGUGGAACAGUACUUAGGGGUCCCCUAUGCCUCACCCCCCACUGGAGAGAGGCGGUUUCAGCCCCCAGAGCCCCCAUCCUCCUGGACUGGCAUCCGAAAUGCAACUCAGUUUGCUGCUGUGUGCCCCCAGUACCUGGAUGAGAGAUCCUUACUGCAUGACAUGCUGCCCAUCUGGUUUACUGCCAAUUUGGAUACAUUGAUGACCUAUGUUCAAGAUCAAAAUGAAGACUGCCUUUACUUAAACAUCUAUGUGCCCACAGAAGAUGAUAUUCAUGAUCAGAACAGUAAGAAGCCAGUUAUGGUCUAUAUCCAUGGGGGAUCUUACAUGGAGGGCACCGGCAACAUGAUUGAUGGCAGUAUUUUGGCCAGCUAUGGGAACGUCAUUGUGAUCACCAUUAACUACCGUCUUGGAAUACUAG